GGUAACACACCUCCGUGUCCCCCCGGGAUCAUGAGCCGGGUCGCCUCAGCUCUCCGCCGGACGUUCGGGAUCGCCCGCGAGCAUGUGGGGACGGAUCAUCUGGGGAACAGAUAUUAUUUUGUCCCGGAGCAGAAGACAUGGACAGGAAGACUUGUCCGUGCCAAGCGGAUGGUAGAAGCAGCCAAUCCCACAGAAUACGAAUAUAUAGAAGGCAGCAUACCGAUGGAGUGGGACGCUUGGAUCCGAGGCAGACGGAAGGAGCCCCCCUCCGUCGAGGAGCUGGUGAAGAAUGAGUCUUACAGGACGCAGAUCAAGCUGAAGGCCAAGGAGGUGGAGGAGAAAGAUCUGGCCCUUCAGGCGAAGGAGUAUGAAGAAGGGCUGGUGGCGACUCCUGCAAAGACUCUGGCUGAAGGUCAUGCAGCCGCCACUAGUUUCGGGAAGCAGGAGAUCAGCGAGGACCCCACCAGCACGGCAAACACAUUUCAGCCUGGCUCCUGGAUGCCCACCUCCAAGAAAUAGACUGAGAUGUCCACACACACUGAAGCUGCUGUGCAGUAUAUGAACUAACAGAAAAGCCCCACAAUAAACACUGCCUUUGUGAAAGUGAUAUUCAAUUUUUGUCAAGACUUGAUAUUAUUUUUUUUUAUUGGAAACAUCAUUCACAAUAAUCCAAUGCAUGUGAGCUACAAACACAAAUAUGACCUCAGUAAGGACCAGUUGGUUCAACUCAUCUUGGAGUCAGUCUCACAUGAUCAUGCGUUAGGUUUCACAGAGGAAGUGUUUAUUUCGAGGCAGUUUUAUUGGUCUGUAUUACAUCAUAAAGAGGUUUAUAUUUUUGUGGUCCCUUUAGUAUAUUGAAUAUACACAAAGACAUCCUCUUAAAGCUGUGAUGUGUAAGUGAUGAGUUAUUUAAUGUAGUUGAAAGGUUUGUUACGGAAGAAAAACACUGGAAUUGCUCAUUAGUACACCGGCUACACUGGUUUCAGGGAUACUGAAACAAAUAAUUCUGUUAAUUAAAUCAGUAUUACAUCUGUACCGAGGCAAAUCAAAAAUGUUUUAAUUACACCAAGAAUUCAGCUAUGUCCAAAGAAAUGAUGCAGAUGUAAUUAUUAUUUAGAAAAUAAAGGGUUGAAGUGUAAAGAUGAAUAGAACGAGAUGUGGUGAAAGCAGGUGGGAAAGAUUAAAGAGCACAUGUGAAAUUAAAUUAAAUCUGUUCAGUCCAGUCCAUGGUGUAAUGAGACUGUAGUUACAAUAAAUGCUGUGUUAAUGGUUCUGUUCAUGAUGAAGGUGGUGUCCACUGCUUUUAAAUCAAGGCCUAUUAAUCACAAGAUAAAGUCAUGAAUAGUGUUAACAGUAAACUGCAGCUCUUUCACCCCAGGUCAGACUUUAUGUUGGCUACAGAGCUGAUGAAGAAAGGAGCUUAAAACAUAAAAGCUUGAGGACUUGUAAAAAUCCAACAGUUGAAAAGAUGGUCGUCUUCCUACACAUGUAAACUUUUUUUUCUAAAUGCUCUCAGGAGAUGCAUCCAGGGAUGAAUAAAAGUUAAUGAGGAAGAAAAAGGGGAAAACGAAUAGGCUGAAAUGUGCAUUUGUCCACCUGCCUGUGUUGAGAAUUAUCGCUUUUAACUGCUUCUUUAAAGGCUCACGAGUGCUUAGAAUUACAGUGCCUAUAAAAACUAUUCAUCCCA